AAAGUAAUAAAUCUAAUAAUUCGAUCGCAGAUUCGCAGUCGACACCAAUAAUUCGAUUUUAAGUGACCAUGUUGAUUUUUAGUAUUAAUAUUUUAAUCCUGAAAUUUAAGUGUUCUUGCUUCUUGGUGACCUGUUAAUUAAUUUUGGCAAUAUGAUACAUUUUCAAAUAAUAUUAGUAAAAAUAAGUGAAAGAAAUGAACGUCAGAUUAAGUUGCGUUUUGUUUAUGUUGUUUGCCUAUUUCGGCUAGGAAACCAAACUGGUUGUUUUAAUUUCUUGAUCAAAACAGCAUUAACAUUCAUGUGGUCCAAACUGAACACAUAGACCUCUUAACUCUAAAGGGUUUAGUAAGUGAUUGAAGCAAUGACCCUGUAAUGCAAAAUAAGCAAAAUUACGUAAUUUAAGAGAUGGAUGAAAACGUUGCCUACCUCUUGUAUACAGUAUAUAGGUGUCAUUUUACUUCAAUUAUUAAUAAGCAAUCUUAGAAGAAAAAAAACAGAUCAAUGAUGUCCACUAAGAGUGAUAGAGAGGCAGAAUUAAGAGCAUUUGACGAAACAAAAUUAGGAGUUAAGGGAAUUGUUGAUGCUGGUGUCACAACAAUUCCCUCUAUCUUCAUUCACCCAAUUUCUAAACUACAUCUACCUCCAAAAAUAACCGACAUUGAUGAUGAUGAUGAUAGGUUUCUUUUUCCGAUUAUUGAUCUCCGCGAGAGCGAGAAUGAUUUAGAGCAUAGGAAGAAGGUUGUUGAGGAGAUUCGGGAGGCGUCAGAGAAAUGGGGUUUUUUCCAAGUAACGAACCAUGGAAUUCCGAAUAUGGUUUUGGAAGAUAUGAUAAAAGGGGUAAGGGGGUUUUUUGAGCUAGAUAAUGAGGUGAAGAAAUGUUAUUAUACAAGAGACUUUGUCAAUGAUAAGUUCGUUUAUCACAGCAAUGUUGAUCUCUAUACUGGACCUGCAGCUAACUGGAGAGACUCUUUUAGUUGUAUGAUGGCUCCUAAUCCUCCGCGUCUUGAUGAAUUACCUCCCUCUUGCAGGGAGAUACUAAUGGAGUACUCAGGGCAAGUGAUGAAGCUUGGAAUAAUGUUGUUUGGGCUAUUAUCAGAGGCACUUGGGUUAAAACAAAGUCAUUUAUAUGACAUUGGUUGUGCUCAAGGGUUAAACGUUUCAGGUCAUUAUUAUCCAGCUUGUCCACAACCCAAAUUGACAAUGGGUACCUCAAAGCAUGCCGAUAUUGAUUUCUUAACUAUUUUGUUGCAAGACCAAAUUGGUGGUCUCCAAGUUCUUCAUCAAAAUCAUUGGGUUGAUGUUCCUCCUAUUCCUGGAGCUUUAGUGAUUAAUAUAGGGGACCAUUUACAGUUGGUUACAAAUGACAGAUUUAAAAGUGUGGAACACAGAGUACUAGCUAAUCAUAAAGGACCAAGAGUAUCAGUGGCAUCCUUUUUCAGCACAUUAUUUCAAGAGUCAUCUACAAGAUUCAGGCCCAUCGAAGAAUUGGUAACAGAUGAAAAUCCUCAAAAAUACCGUGAGAUCACAGUGAAAGAAUAUUAUGCAUACUUCUUAGGAAAAGGACUUGAUGGCACCUCCGUCCUCCCACAUUUCAAAAUUUGAAUCGAUUUAAGCUCAAUUGGUUCGGAUCGGACAAGACGAAUGUAUUUAACUCAAUGUCUAAUAUUACGUGUCUACGUACUACGUACUCCUACUAUUGUGUUAUUGAGCUCAUAAUCAAGACUCAAGAGGUUAAUCUUAAUGAAUACUCAGUGUCAGUAGGAUUACACGAUUUUACAAUGGCUCACCGUAAGCAUGGGUUUAAAUAAGUGUAGGUUUAUAAUUAAUGUCCAAAUAUUUUUGGUGAAUAAGGGUCCUUUUGAGUUAAAUAAGUUUCUUCCGUGAAAAAAUAAAAAGGGACGGAAAGAGUAUCAUUUUUUUUCAGAAUUUGGGGCCAAGUUAAUUAGGCUUCCAACUUGUUUAUGUUUGUCUUGGAGUAAUUAUUGGGCUUUUCAUGGCCUUUGUUUAUAGGAAUUAUUGUGUAUUUAUGCAUUUUUAUUAUCCGGGCAACUUUUAGAACCGGAAAUUUAAGAAAUGUAUAGUCUUUAUUUAUUCUUUAAUAAUGCGUCAUAGAGUA